AUGGAACUGGUAAGAAGCUUUAGCACGCGGACAAGAAGCCGUCGUGGAGGCUACGAGCGAGUAAGUGAUGAUUCAACUUUCAGUCUACUCGGAGCAAAGCUGAGACGAUCAACGAGUGUUCCUUACUACGCGCCAUCUAUAAAGCUUGGUGCUGGUGGUGUUCCGACCAUACUCGAGGAGCUUCCUCGUCAAAAAUCCAAGAAAGUCAAACCACCAGGCAGAUUUAGCCACCCUAUCUUUAGCUUUUUAUACGGUAAGAAGAAGAAGCCGUCGACCACAAGGAAGCCUGAGUUUUCUAGGUAUCUUGAGUAUUUGAAAGAAGGUGGUAUGUGGGAUGCAAGAACUAAUUCUCCUGUUAUUUAUUACAAGUAG